CCGCUCUCUCACCUUCUACAGUCAUCGCCCUCGGCCUCUACUCCCUCCUUCGUGCUGCGCUUGCAUCUGAGCUUGUCUCGUCCAUACUCUGCCCAAAAUGGCGGCUCGAGCCGGUCUGAACAAGAACAACUCCGCUGUCAAGCGUAUCAUGCAGGAGGCCAAGGAGCUCGCGAACGACCCAUGCACGGACUACUCGGCGGCACCUCUUGAGGAUGAUAUCUUCGAAUGGCAUUGCACCAUCCGAGGACCUGCUGGCACAGAGUUUGAGGGCGGAUUGUACCACUUCCGCAUACUACUCCCCUCCGAAUACCCCUUCCGUCCACCCGCGAUCAUGAUGCUCACCCCCAACGGGAGGUUCGAGCUCAAUACCAAGAUCUGCAUCAGUUUUACAAAUUACCACGAAGAGCUGUGGCAGCCGGCAUGGGGCGUUCGGACUGCCAUCAUUGGUCUCCAAGGCUUCUUUCCCCUAAAGGGAACGGCCGCUGCGGGCGUUGGUGCAAUCGAGUAUCCCUCCACCGAGCGCAAGCGUCUCGCGGCGCUCUCGCGCGAGUGGGUCUGCCCGCGCUGUAACAUGCCCAACAUCGAGCACCUGCCUGAUCCGCCCGAGGCGAGUGCUUCCACUAGCGGCAGCACGUCAGCGGCCGGCGAUGCGCCGUCAGAACAGAAGCCAGUCCAGAACACCCCCGCGGAUCCCGUCGCAGCACCCUCAGAUACCCCAUCCGCCGCCCCACAAACCGCCGAGGAAACACAGCCCGCACCCGCACAAUCCGCCGCUCUUGAGCCGAAGAUUAUGGCCCGCCCCAUCCCGCUCGUCGCGCCGAAGCCCACUCGGCCCGGAGCGGUCGCGUCCAUAUUCACGCAGUCCUUCACACCACCCCGCACGCCGGUGCCGCCCUCCCUCCCUGCAUCCCAGCCUACUACACAGCCAACGACCCGUGAGGGUACUCCCCAGCCCGCGCUCGCGGCGGCGUUGCGGCAGACCACACCCCGCCGGCCACCUGUCCUUUUAGACACGGCGAUCUGCGUACUGCUCGUACUGCUCUUUGCGCUUGUCUGUCGGAGGGUCCUGUGAUGGAUGCCCCUUGCUGCUUUGCGUAUGUGUUCCGUUGGAUGGUCUCUGGGUCUCGGCCGGUUUGUAAAAU